AUGCUUAACCUGACAUUGGAGGCUAAAGAGAAAGACAUUGAGAUGCUUAAACUGCAAUAUAAUAUGGCUAGGAUGCAAUUGGAAGCUAAGGAGAAGGAUGACAAAGUGCAGCAUCAAAGCCUCGACAAACUUGCCUUGCUUCAACAGCAUGUUGAUGGUAUUCUCACCCAGAAUAUCGAGCUUCACGGAUAUUCAACUCCCCGACUAUUUAUCAUUAUACCUGUCGAUCACACCAAGUGGGACCAAAUGAAUGUCUUGAAGAACAAGUUCCGUCUUCAUUUUCUAUGUGAAUGUGGAGACCACACUGAAAUGAUAAGCAAGAAUAGUCAGAGCCCAUUCCAUAUCAUCAAACAUGGUGGGUAUGAGAUCCCAAGCGGCACAGAAUUCUUCUGCAAGUAUGGAAAGCACAUGUUCAUCCUUUUACAGUGGCUCAAGCUAGGAAUGUCCUCGUCUGCAUCUCUGGCACCAUCCCCAGAUUUGAUAGAUGCCGACAUUGAUUGUUCAAUCGACUAUAUGGAAGCACUCUCUAAGGAGGACUCAACCUUGAGCAAUAUUACUACAAUCGACGACUCUGAUGGACUGGAAGGAUCUGAUUUUCAAAACGUUGGCACAUACCUUCGAACUAAUGAUGAAGACAAGCAAUUUGGGGAUUUGUACAGGAUCAUGACCGAAACAGGCCGUGCCAAAUGGGUUUGUCUCGCCCACUGUCGUUCAAUAUAUGAGGAAAAAGAACAAAAAGCAUUUGUAAAUGCAGUGGAGAUGAAUAGUGGUAAAUAUAACGCGCAUCUUGGUAAAGUGGUUAUCACAUUGGCAUCCAGAGACAGAGCUAGAGGGUUUUUCGAUGCCCUAACCACUGCAAGAUGUAUUUACGACUUGGAUAUCACAUUCGGUUGGGAUUGGACAGAGAUCGAUCUUGAAGUAUUUGAGAAUGCUUUGGCGAUGUCGAAUGUAUCGAAUCUUCGACUUGGGCUUAUACGGACUCAAGGAAACACCGACAUAAAAGUACCUUUAACAUCCGCGCGAUAUGAAAGACUUAUUCGCAUCAUAGAGCUCGGUAAUAUGAAAACAAUCCAUAUUACUCUAUCUCUGGAUCUCAUAAAGCUUCUCAGUUUACAGCCCAGAAGAUCAUCACACCUUCAUAAGCUAACCUAUGAGGUGAACGCUAAAUCGGCUGGAGCCAUUGGAUUACAAGGACUCGUAAAUUCACUCAAGGCUAGCACGGCAUUGACGGCUUUGAACUUGGAGUGGAACUCAAUUGGAAAAGAAGGAGCUCUGGCAGCUCUGGCAUUGUUAGAAGCACUCAAAACCAAUGCAACUUUAACGAAUUUGAACUUGGGGAGCAACUCAAUUGAAAAAGAAGGAGCUCAGGCAUUGUCGGAAGCGCUCAAGACCAAUGCAACUUUAACGACUUUGAACUUGUGGGGCAACUCAAUUGGAGAAGAAGGAGCUCUGGCAUUGUCAGAAGCGCUCAAGGCCAAUGCAACUUUAACGAAUUUGGACUUGUGGGACAACUCAAUUGGAGAAGAAGGAGCUCUGGCAUUGUCAGAAGCGCUCAAGACCAAUGUAACUUUAACAACUUUGAACUUGGGGCGCAACUCAAUUGGAAAAGAAGGAGCUCUGGCAUUGUCAGAAGCGCUCAAGACCAAUGCAACUUUAACAACUUUGAACUUGCGGGACAAUUCAAUUGGAAAAGAAGGAGCUCUGGCAUUGUCAGAAGCGCUCAAGACUAAUGCAACUUUAACGAAUUUGGACUUGUGGGACAACUCAAUUGGAAAAGAAGGAGCUCUGGCAUUGUCAGAAGCGCUCAAGACCAAUGCAACUUUAACGAAUUUGGACUUGGGAUCCAACUCAGUUGGGGAUGAAACAGCUUUGGCAAUUUUAGAAGCACUCAAGGAAAACGCGGUUAUAACUCAAUAA